CUGAUGCGCGCUCCCGCGGCAGGCCCCGGUUGUGGCGGGAAGUCGACGACGUUGAAGCUAGUUAUCUUAACUAAAUGUAGAUUAUUUUGCUUGUUUAUUUAAGUCUUUUCGAUCAGAAACAAAAACCCGAAGCCAGUAUAAAAUCCCGUUUCUCUCAAUUUUACCAUUCUGAGUCCCGCGAAACUCUUAACAAAAGGUUGAGUCGUUUUUUUGUGUGUGAUUCACCAGCAGAAGCUAACGUUAGCAUUUUUGUUUUUUAUCACUUAGAAUUUUUUAAAAUGGCAACAGCAAGAAAACAGAGCAAGAAAAAGCUGUUAGAGGACAAAACGGAGAAAAAGGUUUUUGAUUUUUCCCCAGAACAUGAAAAAAAGGAGCUAAGCGGUUCAGAGGAUGACGUCAGGGAAGAUGAAACUCCAAUUGUGGACAAGCUGACAAAGAAGAGGCCUGCACCCGAUUUCGACGAGGAAGCGACACCAUGUGCUGUGGGAAAUGAAGUCCAGUCCAUGUUGGAGAAAUUUGGGGCUGAUAUCAGUAAAGUGAUGCAGGCCAAGAAGAAACGCCUGGAGUGUCUGACAAAGAACUACAUGAAGGGAAGCCAGCACAAACUGGAGCAGCUGUGGACCAACUAUCAUGGACAGAGGAAGAAGAUGACCCAGCAGUACCAUCAGCAGGUUUCUUCUGCGCUGCAGCAGUGGGAGGUUGAAGCUCAGCGAGCCGAGGAGCAGGAGGAGAAGUUCAAUAACUUGUUCCGGCAGCAGCUGAAAAUCCUGCAGCAGGCCCGAGUCGUCCAGAACCAGAAGCUGAAGGCUGUCAGAGAGCUUUAUGAGCAGUUUUUGAAGAACAUGGAGGACAUGGAGAAGAACCACGAGAUGUUCCUGCAGGGAACUCAGCAGGAGCUGAGGAAGGAGAUGGCCACCCUGCAGAAGAAGAUUCUCAUGGACACACAACAGCAGGAGAUGGCUACGGUCCGCAAGUCACUGCAGUCCAUGCUUUUCUAAUCUGCUGUCAUCACGGUGGCUGUUCCAGCGUUUAAGAUGUUGCUGCUGCCGCGCUCGUUUGUUGUUACAGUGAUGUUUCAGUAUCGCCUAACCACUUCAGCCUUUAUUGUGAUAAAAAGUUUAAAAGUUCUGCUUCUUAAAGAGACCCUAAUUAGUUUUAGCUCUUCUCACUGCCAGCAGGUGGCGGUCAUUACCCAGUUCAUUUUGUAAAAGUGAGUUAAAGACAAAAAUAAACAUGUUUAUGUUUA